UUGAGUCUCGCAGAUAUGAGGUGGGGGCUCCUGGCUAGGGAGGGUGCACUUUACGAAGCUUCAUUCAGGUGGGAGACUCAGCAAACUGCACUGCCCACCUGCUUGGGAGCAUCCACCCUAACGUGGCCUCACGGUGGUCCUCACUCCUGUCCAGGCCCAGAAGAAGGUGAGAAGACCCUGGCCAGGGCUUCCAGCAUCGUCCUGUGGUCCAGCCCAGGGAGACCUCUCAGACAGGUGCAGGCAGGCCUGGGCACUCCAUUACUCAUCUCUAACAAGGAGCUGUCGGAGCUGAUCGAGCAGCUGCAGAAGAAUGCCGACCAGGUGGAGAAGAACAUCGUGGACACGGAGGCCAAGAUGCAGAGCGACCUGGCCCGGCUGCAGGAGGGCCGACAGCCCGAGCACCGGGAUGUGACCCUGCAGAAGGUGUCGGACUCAGAGAAGCUGCUGUAUGUGCUAGAGGCGGAUGCAGCCAUUGCCAAGCACAUGAAGCAUCCCCAAGGAGACAUGAUUGCCGAGGACAUCCGUCAGCUGAAGGAGCGCGUGAUCAACCUCCGGGGGAAACACAAGCAGAUCUACAACCUGGUGGUGAAGGAGGUGGACCCGCAGGUCAACUGGGCAGCGCUGGUGGAUGAGAAGCUGGACAAGCUGAGUGGCCAGGGCUUUGGGACGGACCUGCCGCUGGUGGAUCACCAGGUGGAGCAGCACAAUAUCUUCCACAACGAGGUCAAGGCCAUCGGGCCGCACCUGGCCAAGGACGGCGGCAAGGAGAACAGCGAACUCCAGGCCAAGUACCAGAAACUGCUGGCGGCGUCGCAGGCCCGGCAGCAGCACCUGAGCUCGCUGCAGGAUUACAUGCAGCGCUGCACCAACGAGCUGUACUGGCUGGACCAGCAGGCCAAGGGCCGCGUGCAGUAUGACUGGAGUGACCGCAACCUCGACUACCCCAGCCGCCGGCGCCAGUAUGAGAAUUUCAUCAACCGGAACCUUGAGGCCAAAGAGGAGAGAAUUAACAAGCUGCACAGUGAAGGUGACCAGCUGCUGACUGCCGAGCACCCCGGGAGGAACUCCAUUGAGGCGCACAUGGAGGCCGUGCACGCAGAUUGGAAGGAGUACCUGAACCUCCUCAUCUGUGAGGAGAGUCACCUGAAGUACAUGGAGGACUAUCACCAGUUCCACAGAGACAUGAAGGACGCUCAGGAGCUGUUGCACAAGGUGGACUUGGACCUGAACCAGAAAUAUGGUCCCGACUUCAAGGACCAGUACCAGAUUGAGCUGCUGCUGCGGGAGCUGGACGACCAGGAGAAGGCUCUGGACAAGUAUGAGCACGUGGUGCGGGGCCUGGAGAAGCGAGGGCAGCAGGUUGUACCCCUUAAGUACCGCCGGGAGACGCCACUCAAGCCCAUCCCCGUGGAGGCACUCUGUGACUUUGAGGGUGACCAGGGCCUGAUCUCCCGGGGCUACAGCUACACCCUGCAGAGCAACAACGGGGACAGCUGGGACCUCACAGACAGCUCCGGGAACAAGCUGACUGCCCCUGCCGUCUGCUUCGUGAUUCCCCCGACGGACCCCGAGGCCCUGGCUCUGGUGGACAGCUUGGGCAGCCAGUACCGGAGCGUGCGGCAGAAGGCAGCCAGGAGCAAGAGUGCGCUCCAGCAGCGGCAUGAGGUGCUGAAGGCAGAGAACCCUGGAGACCCCUCUGACCUUCAGGGGCGGCAUCUGCUGGCUGGCUUGGACAAGGUGGCCAGAGACCUGGAGCGGCAGGAGAAGGCUGUCACGGGGAUACUCCGGCCGCCGCUGGAGCAGGGCCGAGCUGUGCAGGACAGUGCAGAGCGGGCCAAGGACCUCAAGAACAUCACCAACGAGCUGCGGCAGAUCGAGCCUGAGAAAGCGCGCAGCACGGCUGAGUGCGAGGAAUUUGUGCAGGUGCUCCCGGGCAGCAGCACCACGUCUUUGCUGAAGACCCGGGUCGAAGACACUAACCGCAAAUACGAGCGCCUGGUGCAGCUGCUGGACUUGGCUCAGGAGAAGGUGGAUGUGGCCAACCGCCUGGAGCAGAGCCUGCAGCGGGGCUGGGAAGCACUGGCCACGUACGAGAACCAGCUGACCCAGGACGACACGGUACCUGAGAGUGGCCAUGCCCUGGACAGCAAGAGGCAGGAGCUGGAGGUCUUGGCCUCCAAGCUGCAGACACAGAAGUCCCUCCUUGCUGAGGUGGAGCAGAACCUGCAGGUGGCCAAGCAGUGCUCCAGCUCACUGGCCAGCCGCUUCCAGGAGCACUGCCCCGACCUGGAGCGCCAGGAGGCGGAGGUGCACAAGCUGGGCCAGCGUUCUGACAAUGUCCGUCAGCAGGUCGAGCUCAGGGCCCAGAGCCUGCAGAGCGCCAGGGCCGCAUAUGAGGACUACCGCAGCGGCUACAACCACGUGCUCCAGUUCUUGUCCCAUAUCCCCAGCUACGAACCCCAGGAGACAGACAGUCUCAGCCAGAUGGAGACCAAGCUGAAGAACCAGAAGAACCUGCUGGAUGAGAUAGCCAGAAGGGAAGAGGAAGUCCACCAAGUCUGCACCCACUCCCAGCAGUACCAGCAAGCUGUCAAGGACUAUGAAUUAGAAGCAGAGAAGCUAAGGUCCCUUCUUGAUUUGGAGAAUGGAAGGAGCAGUCACAUGAGCAAGAGAGCCAGGCUCCAGUCCCCUGCCGCCAAAGUGAGGGAAGAGGAAGCAGCUCUUGUUGCCAAGUUCACAGAAGUCAACGCCAUCAACAGACAGAGGCUGCAGAAUCUGGAGUUUGCUCUGAGUCUCCUGAGACAGCAGCCGGAGGUGGGAGCGAGCCAUGAGACACUGCAAGGGAGCACACCAGGCUCCACAGUGGAGGAGACAUGGAAGGUCCAGAAGGAACUGGAUGAGGAGACUGAGCGCAGACAGCAGCUGGAGAAGGAGGUCCAGAGUGCCCAGGAGGAAAUCCGGACUCUGCAACAUCAGAGCCCCCAGGAAGCAGUGAUAAAGAAGGAAGUGCUGAAGAAAGUACCAGACCCUGUGCUCAAGGAGAGCUUCCAGCAGAUGCAACGGACACUGGUGGAGGAGCAGCAUAAGAACCAGCUGCUACAGGAGGAGCUAGAGGCGCUUAGGCUGCGGCUGCACACCCUGGAGCAGGAGACCAGGGACGGGGGGCAGGAGUACAUGGUCAAGGAGGUGCUGCGCAUCGAGCCAGACAGAGCCCAGGCAGAUGAGGUCCUGAAGCUGAGGGAGGAGCUGGAGGAGCUGAGGCGGCAGAAGGGCACCCGGGAAGCAGAGGCAGCCCUCCUGCAGCAGCGCAUUGCAGCCCUAGCUGAGGAGAAGAACCAGGCACAGGAGAAGGUCACCGAGAAGGAGGUGGUGAAGCUGCAGAAUGACCCCCAGCUGGAGGCAGAGUACCAGCGGCUGCAGGAGGACCAGCAGCGGGAGGGCAAGCUCAGGGAGGAGCACGAGGAGGAACUGAGUUUCCUCCAGGACAAGCUCAAGAGGCUGGAGAAGGAGCGGGCCAUGGCGGAGGGGAAGAUCACAGUGAAGGAGGUGCUCAAGGUGGAAAAGGAUGUGGCAACUGAGAGGGAGGUCGGCGACCUCAAACGCCAGUAUGAGGAUGAGGAAGCCAAGGCUCGCGCCAACCAGAGAGAGAAGACUGAGCUGCUCCGCAAGAUCUGGGCCUUGGAGGAGGAGAAUGCCCGAGUGCUGGUGCAGGAGAAAGUGCGGGAAAUUGUCCGGCCGGACCCUGAGGCAGAGAGGGAGGUGGCCAAUCUCCGCCUGGAGCUUGUGGAGCAGGAGCGCAAGUACCGGGGGGCUGAGGAGCAGCUGAAGAGCUACCAGAGUGAGCUGGAGGCACUCAGGAGGCGGGGCCCCCAGGUAGAGGUCAAAGAAGUGACUAAGGAAGUCAUCAAGUACAAAACUGACCCUGAGAUGGAGAAAGAGCUUCAGAGGCUCAGGGAGGAGAUUGUGGACAAGACAAGACUCAUUGAAAGGUGUGAUGUAGAAAUUUACCAGCUGAAGCAAGAGAUCCAGUCCCUGAAAGACACCAAACCGCAGGUGCAGACCAAGGAGGUGGUCCAGGAGAUUCUCCAGUUCCAGGAAGACCCCCAAACCAAAGAGGAAGUACAGUCUUUAAGGGCCAGGCUAUCGGAGGAGCAGAAGAAACAAGUGGAUCUGGAAAGGGAGAGGGCCUCCCAGGAGGAGAAGAUCAAGCAGAAGGAGGAGGAGCUGUCCCACGUGAAGGAAAAGGUGGUCCAGCAGGAAGUGGUCAGGUACGAGGAGGAGCCUGGCCUGCGGGCUGAGGUGAACGCCUUCACUGAGAGCAUAGAUGCAGAGCUGCGGCAGAUUGAUACCCUCCGUGGGGAGCUGCGGCGGCUGCAGCGCAGGCGUGCGGAGCUAGAACGCCAGCUGGAGGAGCUGGAGCGUGAAAGGCAGGCGCGCAGGGAAGCCGAGCUGGAGGUACAGCGCCUGAAGCAGCGGCUGGCCGAGCUGGAGAAGGAGGAGGGAGAGGCCCGGGAGAAGGUGACUCUCAAGCAGAAGGUCGUGCUGCAGCAGGACCCCCAGCAGGCCCGGGAACACGCUCUGCUCAAAGUCCAGCUGGAGGAAGAAAGGCACCGGCGGCAGGUCCUGGAGAGCGAGCUCGAGACCCUGAGAAAGAAGCUUGUCAACCUGGAGAAGAUGGAGGUCAAGGAGAAGGUGGUCUUCUCUGAAAGUGUCCAGGUGGAGAAGGGCGACACUGAACAAGAGAUUCAGAAGCUGAAGAGCAGCCUGGAGGAGGAGAGCCGGAGCAAGAGGGAACUGGAUGCAGAAGUGAGUCGGCUGGAAGCCAAGCUGUCAGAGCUAGAGUUCUGUAACUCCAAGUCCUCCAAAGAGCUGGAUUUCCUAAGGGAAGAAAACCACAGGCUACAGCUGGAGCGACAGAGCCUGCAGCUUGAGACCCGGAGGCUCCAGUCAGAAAUUGAAAUGGCAGCAACAGAAACACGAGACCUGAGAAAUAUGACCGCGGUGGACUCUGGGACAAACCUGAACUCCCGACUGUGGUCCCUGGAGAGAGAAUUGGAUGACCUCAAGAGGCUCUCCAAAGACAAAGACCUGGAAAUCGAUGAGCUGCAGAAGCGCCUGGGCUCCGUGGCCGUCAAGAGGGAGCAGAGGGAGAACCACCUGCGGCGCUCCAUUGUGGUCAUCGACCCUGACACGGGCCGGGAGCUGUCCCCAGAGGAAGCCCAUCGGGUCGGUCUCAUCGACUGGAACAUGUUUGUCAAACUCAGGAGCCAGGAGUGUGAUUGGGAGGAAAUAUCGGUGAAGGGUCCUAGUGGGGAGUCCUCUGUGAUCCACGACAGGAAGUCUGGCAGGAAGUUCUCCAUUGAAGAGGCCUUGCAGAAAGGCAGGCUGACUCCGGCUCAGUACGACCGCUAUGUCAACAAGGAUAUGUCCAUCCAGGAGCUGGCCGUCCUGGUGUCUGGGCAAAAGUAAGCACAGCUCAGCCCUCCAUCUUCUUGGAAGCCAGUGGCUGGUUGUCUCCUACCCAGUAUCACCAUGUCUUCUCCUCCUUGGCCCCGUGCAGGCUCCUGACCUGUGCCCUCGCGGUCAUUCAACCUGGGUGAGGGACCUGCUUCGUCCUCUAAUCAUUGGACAACCGUGAUAUCCCUCUUCUGUCCCUUAUCCUACACACUUCCAUCAAUAGACUCUUUGGGUGACAUCUGGAAGCAACCCGAAAAACUAAAGCACAUGACACAGGACAACUGAAGCAGACAAGCCCACUCUGCGCACUGGCCUUCACACCCCAGGUGGGGGGACUCCAGGGCAGAAAGGCCUCCCUUCCACACACCUUUCUGUACAUCAAAGGACUGGGCCCCUCAAGGCUGCUGACCUACAUUCACAUUCCCCCAGGGUUCUGGCUGAGAGCAGACUUUUUGUCAGAGGCCUCCUGGUGAGAUAGAUCUGGGCUCUAGGCCAGAAAAGGUGCAAAGAAACCAGAACAGUGUUUGGCCUUUGGUGCUAGAGUGAAGGCUGUCAGCCAGACUGUCCCAGGGGAAUGCACCAUCAGAGAAUACGUUGUGGUUCUGAAAUGAUUUUCAUAAAGGACUCUGUUGCUGUUAGCCUUAGCUUCAGUGCCUUACAAGUCUUAUUAGCUCAUUGGUAUUUAGGUAUACUACACACCUGAUUUUCACCAAAUGAAUUUUAGGUUCUCUGUUAUCUCAUAUAUCAUGUAACAAAAUGGGACUAGGGAACUCUACUUAUAGUGCAAAAAUAAACACCUGGUGGCUUGAUUCUAA